AUGGAGAAGUUGAUAUCAGAAAAGCCCGUUUGUGUGUCUAAGGAUGAAAUUCUUAUACUUCCUUCCCAGGAGAAGCCAGAUACAAACUCCUGCCCUCGUGUACCCGGCAAAUAUUUUCUCUCUGGUGGGAAGGACAAUGAGAACUGCAAGGCAAAUGAGAAGGAAAGGGAGUGGAUCCGCCCUGAUACACCUAGCAAGUGCACAUGGAAGCUUGGGAAACCCCUCUCUGCCUCCCCACAUCGUCAUACUACUCUGCCAGAACCUCUGAAAAUCCUUCCAAGCAUCCUGGAUAAAGUUGGCGAUACACCCAUGGUGCGAAUCAACAAGAUUGGGAAGCAGUAUGGGCUCAAGUGUGAACUCUUGGCAAAAUGUGAGUUUUUCAAUGCUGGGGGCAGCGUGAAGGACCGCAUCAGCCUGAGGAUGGUAGAGGAUGCUGAAAAAGCUGGUAUCUUGAAGCCUGGGGACACUAUCAUAGAGCCAACCUCUGGAAACACAGGGAUUGGGCUGGCCUUGGCUGCAGCUGUGAAAGGUUACCGCUGCAUCAUUGUGAUGCCAGAGAAAAUGAGCAUGGAGAAGGUGGAUGUCCUGCGAGCUCUGGGUGCUGAGAUUGUGAGGACCCCAACUACGGCCAGAUUUGAUUCUCCUGAAUCUCACGUAGGAGUAGCCUGGAGGCUGAAAAAUGAAAUCCCCAACGCACACAUACUAGACCAGUACCGUAAUGCCAGCAACCCCUUGACACACUAUGACACUACGGCUGAAGAGAUCCUGCAGCAGUGCGAAGGAAAAAUAGACAUGCUGGUGGCUGGAGCUGGCACAGGAGGUACUAUCACCGGCAUCUCCAGAAAGCUAAAGGAGAAGUGUCCAGGUUGCAAAAUUAUAGGUGUUGAUCCUGAAGGCUCCAUCCUUGCUACACCAGAAGAACUCAACAAGACAGACAAGACAAUGUAUGAAGUGGAAGGAAUCGGAUAUGAUUUUGUCCCCACAGUGUUGGAUAGAUCUGCAGUGGACCAGUGGUACAAGAGCAGUGAUGAGGAGUCAUUUGCUUUAGCACGCAUGCUGAUCCGAGAGGAAGGACUGCUGUGUGGUGGCAGCUCAGGCAGUGCCAUGUCUGUAGCUGUGAAGGCAGCCAAAGAGCUGAAGGAAGGUCAGCGCUGUGUUGUUAUCCUCCCUGACUCUAUCAGGAACUACAUGUCCAAGUUCCUGAGUGACAAAUGGAUGAUUCAGAAAGGGUUCAUGAAAGAAGAAGAUGAUCUUGUAAACAAACCUUGGUGGUGGAACAUCAGUGUUCAGGAACUGAGUCUCUCUGCUCCCCUGACUGUGCUUCCAACUGUUACCUGUGCAAAGACUGUUGAAAUUCUCCGGGAGAAGGGAUUCGACCAGGUACCAGUUGUUGAUGAAUCUGGGGUCAUUUUGGGCAUGGUUACCCUGGGUAACAUGCUUUCUUCACUGCUUGCUGGAAAAGUUCAACCUUCUGAUGAAGUCAGCAAAGUAAUCUACAAGCAAUUUAAACAGAUUAACCUGAAAGACAACUUGGGGAAACUCUCUCAUAUCCUGGAAAUAGACCACUUUGCUCUAGUGGUUCAUGAACAAAUUCAAUAUCACAGUGAUGGUUCCUCCAGUAAGCGGCAAAUGGUGUUUGGCAUCGUCACAGCCAUCGACCUGCUUAACUUUGUGACUGCACGAGAACGGGAAAGAAAGGCCAACUAAAGUCAAGCAGCA